AUGGAUGUGAGGGAAGAGGAUAGUCUUACAAAUCCUCAAUUCCAUGAAAGAAUGAGCGCGUUGAGGUUUCUGAAGGCAUUUAUACUCAUGGAGGCGGGUCUCAGCUUUAUGAAGAUAUCUACGGGAUUGACUGUGCUGGCGCUUACCAGGCAUGAGACUUGCGAGAUGCCUCUGAAGUUUUUCUUGUUAGUGUAUGUAGUAAUGACAAUUGCCAGAUUUGGGAUCUUUUUAUCGAAGAAUAUGGCGUUUUUCAGAAUAAACAGGAUACCGGAGUACAGGGAGGAUGCAGAUACGAAUCUACUGUCGAACUUUACAGAGAUCCUGCUGUUGUUUUGGUACUUGAUUGGGUUUGGAUGGUUGCAGGAGUGCAAGAACUGCAAUGUGACAAACCCGCUGCUGUACUACACGUCUGCAGUUUUCAUCACGCUUGGAUUUGUGGCGUUUAUAGCACCGCUGCUUGCAAUUAUGCUGCUUCUAUUUUUGAUAACAUUUAUCAAGCCAAAGCUGCAGGAGAUACUGUACAAGGACCAGAACGAUCUUUCGGAUGAUACCUAUCAUUGUACCAUAUGCUUUGACAACUAUGUGCCAGGCACUAAGCUGAAGCUCCUUCCAUGUGGGCACCAUUUCCACCAGGAGUGCAUUGAUGAGUGGCUUGAUCUAAAGGACACUUGUCCAUUGUGCAAAAAGAACAUCAAUCUGCUGUAUGAUCUGAUCGACCCGCCCGGAUAUGAGGUGUGA